UAGAGAGCAGGAAGUUAAAUAACAACCACAUCACAUCCGUGAACCAGAACAGCAACAAAAGCUCUGAGCCAGUCCAACCAAAGUUCUGCUCUGACAGUCUCGAGAUGCCAUUUGGAGCUCCAACUGGGGAGAACUGUCUUCUCGACAUGGACAGCAAAGCUGGAGAUCUGUUCGGUGCUGAGGAAGCUCAUCCAACUGGCAAAGGUGGAGCUGGAAUCUUGGGAAAGCUCUGGCUCCCAAAAGGCUACUCUGUCGGUAUGGCUAAAGAGUGGAUCGACAGGCGCCGAAUGUCCAUCCGACCUUGGGCCAGCUUCGUGGACCAACGCAAGUUUUCGAAACCCCGCAACUUUGGAGAGUUGUGUCAGAGGGUGGUGAAGAACGUGGACAAUUUCAACAGCAACUACACCUUCAUCUUCAUGGGACUCAUCCUCUACUGCAUCAUCAGCUCUCCCAUGCUACUGAUUGCCUUGGCUGUGUUCGCUGGUGCCUUCUACAUAAUUCACCUCAAGUCCCUGGAGUCCAAACUGGUUAUCCUCGGCAAAGAGCUGAAUCUCCCGCACCAGGUGAGUCUGGCUGGAGCCGUUUCUCUACCUGUGUUCUGGUUGGCCGGAGCUGGAGCUGCAGUCUUUUGGGUUCUGGGAGCGACGCUCUUUGUGAUUGGCUCUCAUGCUGCGUUCCGUGAGCUGGAUGGAUCCGACAUGGAAGAGCUCCUCAUGGAGCCCGUGUGACGAGCAAGGCUGAACCCGCAGCAGCAGCAGCGGCGUGAUCACAGAUGAAACUCCUGGAUCUGUUCCUUAGCUGUGUAUUCCCUGUAUUAGAAUGCACCUUUUCUUGCCUCUGCAGUAGUUGUUGUUACAGACUUUAUUGCCAUUUAGGCAAACUCAUUCACACAUAUAACUUGCCAAAUGCACAAAUUAUUAAUGUGUUAAGCAUUAUUUAAGCACAUUAUCAUGAUUAUAUGCCUUCUCUACAUAUGUAAUACCUUGGAUGCCUCAGGUUUGUGUCAAAUAGCUUCCUGUAACGUUCCUUAUACAGUGACAUAUCUUUCAAUUUAUUAUUAUUAAUAAUAGUAGUAAUCAUUUAUUUUGGUCCCUUUUUUUUUUUUUACAGUUUUCCAAAAAUAUGCAUAUAAAAUAAAUGCAUUACAAUAUUUCUUUAUGUAAAGAUUAUGUACGCAAUAAAUGCAAUGUUUGCAAAAGUGCUAAAAAAUGAUUCAUUAUCCAAAGAAAAAGUGCUAAAAGAAAUAUGCUGAUCAAACUAAAUGUUUUAUUCAAGAGGAUACACAAUCAGAUCUCACAUCGGGUACUUAACGUAGAUUAGUUGAUGAGAAUACAUCUUUAAAGGUCAGCACAUCGUCAUGGUGUUUUGUAUUGGGGGGGGGGGUUGUGGUACUUUGGUGUCUUUAAGCAUAUUUAUCAGCUCAAAACAUUCAGAUCUGAAGGUCAUUUUAGAUAUUUCUUUUUUUGAAAUCCAUUGUUCAUUUGUUUGCAUUUCUCUGUAAUGUUCGGUGUUUUUGUAUUUAAAUUACAUUUUUGUAAGUGCAAUAAACCCCCCCCCCGUGUAAAGAUA